AUAAAUACAAAUGCAUGUAUUAAUAAUCUAUAUACAUAAAUACGUGUAUUACCCACAUAUACCUACAUACAUAUAUUAUUUUCAUUAUUUUGUAUUAUUUUACUAAAAACAAAAUAUUGUAGUUUUUUUUCAAGAAUUUAUUUUAGUAAAUUGGUUGAGCAUUGUUCAGGAAAUUUUAUAAACCAAUGUAAAUAUAUUAUCAAUGACUUAUAGCGAAACACAUAUUUUUCUUCCAUUUGUGGCAUUCAAGAACACUAAAAUUACAAAACAUCACCAACAAUAUUUAGCAUCACAUCAUCAGUUACCAUAUUAUAAUAAAUAAUUAUUGACGAAUAUAUUACAUAAUAAUGCUUAGAUUAUAAACUCAGUUUACUAAUAUAUCACUUAAAAUAAUUAUAAUUUUAAAUUAAGAAAUUUAAUAAUUCUAAUCAACAAUUCUAAAAGAUCUAAAUACUCAGUAGAUAUAAUACUAAAACUUUUAACCCAUCACAUGCUCUUUUUAUUUAUUUUUUUUUUAUAACCAUACAUGUAAGGGUCUUAAUUUUUAUUAUUUUCUUUGAAAAUCGCUUUAUUUAUUUAAUAAAUUCAUUUUCAUCAUUAUCAUUCAUUAAUAUAUACAUAAAAUCACAUUUAACAAAUCAUGAACGAAUCAAGACUCAUAUCAGAAUUUAUGUCAUUAACUGGAGCAAAUCCAAAUGAUGCAAUGCAAUGUCUUAGAGCUUGGGAUUGGGAUUUAAAAAGAGCAAUUACAGACUAUAAUGAUACUUGUCAUUUUGAUUAUCGAACAACAGCAUCUGAUCUUGACAAUUUCAGAGAUGAUAGCAGCCGAAAUUUAAUUGAUUUAAAUAAUGACUGUAAUAAUAGCACAAGUGAUAAUAAUAAACCAAAUAAAAUUGUAAUUUUACCACAAUCAUCACUAAUACCGUCAAUUGGAACGCAAUCACAAACUUCAGGAAUAGAAAAGCGUCCAAUUUUGUCAAAAACUGAUUCAAUUGACGUUGUGGAUUGUCGAAAGCUCUCUCGUGGUAUAUCACGUGCAACAGAUAAUAUAAAUCUGGUUUCAAAAGCUCGUACUGAAAUAGCAAUGGAUUUUCGUGGUAAUAAUAGUAAUAAUAGUCAUUUGAAAAAGAAUCAAAAUUUGGAACAACAAAUAUCCAAUAAUUCUUUGGACACACCUGAUUUUACGUUUAUAUUACCAAAUAUUUAUAAUUAUAAGGACUCGUUUCGAGUAUUUUUAGAAAAAGAUCUUAUUGAAUGCUCUACUUUGCAAGCUUUAGAACAGUCACAUCGCCUUAAUUGGUGGGUUGAUCAUGGUUUAUGCAGAAAAUUAUGGCCAUUAGCAACUACAGGUGAUGGAAAUUGUUUGUUACAUGCUGCGUCUUUAGGAAUGUGGGGUUUUCAUGAUAGAAAAUUAACAUUAAGAAAGGCUUUACAUGGUAUAUUAUCGAAUGGCAAAUGUCGUGAUGCAUUAUGGCGAAGAUGGCGUUUCCAACAAACUCGUUUAAACAGGCGAGCUGGAUUUGUUUAUUCUGAAAUAGAGUGGGCAAAAGAAUGGGAUGAACUAAUAUCUAUGUCAUCGCCAGAGCCGCGUAAUAGUAUCAAUGUACGUAGACGUUUUUCUACUUCAACUGAUCGUCAUAGUUUAAUAAGUUCAGAAUCUAUUGAUGAUUCGGCAACAUAUGAAUCUCUUGAGGAAAUACAUAUACUAGCUUUAGCACAUGUCUUACGUAGGACAAUAAUUGUCAUAUCGGAUACAGUAUUGAAGGAUUUGAAUGGCGAAGCUAUGGCUCCAAUAACAUUCGGUGGUGUUUAUUUGCCUUUUGAAAUAAAUUCAACUGAAUGUAAUCGAGGCCCUUUAUUAUUGGCAUAUGAUAUGGCUCAUUUUUCUGCGUUAGUUCCGAUGGAAACAGGGUCAGAGUAUCCGCCAGCUCUCAUUCCUUUAGUUGACUAUGAAAAUGUUUUAUUACCAGUGCAGUUUUGCAUUGAUCCAGGUGAAAAUUUUAAUUGGACAGAAUAUGAUGGCGCUGAAGGAAAUUGGGCUCUUAGUGAAAGAGAGCAAAUGGCAUUGCUAAAGGAAUACUUAGAUAUUGUGUACGCAACUAACUCCACUACUCCAGAUGAAGAUGUUUUCGAAGAUUUAACGGAUGAUGAAUAUGAAAAAAAAUUUGUUGAAUCUGAAAUUGUAAUACCCCAACAACAGCAUCAUCCGUCAAACCAAUAUAAUUUGGUUGCAGAUGAGCCUCACCAGAGCAAAAGCAAAGCAGCAAAACAGCUGCAAAGCGUUGCAAAACAAUUUGGUAGCAUUGGAAAAAGUAUGAGUAAGAAAAUCAAAAAGAACAUUGGUUCAAUUACAAAAAUCGGAAACAAAAGUAACGGUGGCAAUAAAUUGAAAAACACGUUGUCGUCAGGAAGUUCAACACAAAGUUUUACAUGUACGCGUCUUUUGUGUGCCAAAUUAAGAAUAAAACGUCAUGAAUAUCAAGAAGAAAUGAUACGAAACUACUUAGAAUGUGCCCGAACAAGAUAUUUGGAUUUGGAAAAAAAUCGAGAUAAAAUUGGUAGUGCGGAAUUGGAUAGGCAACAGUUGGAAAUGUUACAACUUUCUGAACCAGACAUCGGAGUUGUUUACUGUGUAAAUAUUGGCUGCAAUAAUUUUGCAAAUUCAGAAACAAGUUACUUAUGUUAUGAAUGCUACGAAAAACAAAAACAGCGGGAGUCUAAUUCAACAUAUUUAUCAAUGGCACCACGUUAUGGUACAGGAAAAUCUAAAUUUUAUACUCAAGCUGAUAUGCAGGCCCAUGAAAGUAUUAAAAAUUUACCACCUGCAAAACGUUUAAAUGACUUAGAUCAGACAUUAUACUUAUCAAAUUCAACUUUUUUCAAUGAUAAUAAUUUAUUAAAAAGUGGUGGUAGUAGCAGCAAUAGUAGCACAAAUAGUUGUACUUCAUUAUCAAAUUCUGCUAACAAUGCAAGUGGUGUAAAUUCAUUAAAUAAUGUUAAUAACAGUCCUAAUUUAACGCCAGCAACUUCAUCAACUGGUAACAAUCUAGUCAAUCGUGAAUCUUCAAACCGUUAUGGUUAUAGUCCAACUGUUCGUUUAAUUGAUGAAGAACAAGAAGAAUUUAAUAAACCAACUGGUACAGUAUCAGUUUUUAGUCCUGGUAAUACAAUUUCAACAUCAAAUCUUAAUGGUAAUAAUGGUAAUAAUAAUAACACCAGCAAUAAUACUAACAUUUGCAACAUUAACCAUUCAUUUAAAAACAAUGUUAAUAAUAAUACGAAUCAUGCUCCAGUAACAAGAAUUAUUAAAAUAGAACUUGAAGGAGAGCCACAACCAAUUUUAACUUCCAAUCGAAAUCAUCUAACAACAACUGAAUUCGAUACAAAGCCAUGUAAAACAUUGGGUUGUAAUUUUUAUGGUACAUUAAGCACAAAUUUUUAUUGUUCAAAAUGUUAUCAACAAAUGAUUAAAAAUAAAAAUGAUACAUUAAUUGAUUUAUCAUCACCUUUGCCUCAGUCAGCUACUGCAACAUCAAAUAAUAUUAUUAAAACAACAACAACAACUUCAGCUAAACCGACAACAAUUUAUCCGACUGCAACAGCUACAAUUACUAAAACAGGUAAUAAAAUAAUGUCUGAUAUAUAAAUUUUUUCUUAGGAUUAAUAAAAAAAAAGAAAAAGUAUAAGGUUUAUAUUAAUAUAUAAAAGAAAAAAUAAAAUGUGAGGAAAUAGAAUUUAGAAAUUUAAUACAUAUUACAAUUUAAAUAUGUAUAAAUAGAUAUUAUAUUUGUAUUUACAAAAAUGCAAAAAAAAAAACAUUAAUUUAUAAUUAUUCUUAACAAAAAAAAAAACUCAAAAAAAAAAAAAAUAUUAAAAAAAAUCAAAAAUUUAUUACACAUGAUUUAAUUAAGAGAAGGUUAAGAGGAAUUGGUAUAAAAACUAUAAAAUGAAAAAGAAAUUCAAUUCUAAAUUCAAAAAUUUAAUUAUCCGUAUUUCUUGAUAAAAAUAAAUUAUUCAGUAAAAAUAAUACAAAUAAAAAUUUUAUAUUUAAAUUAUUAUUAAACCUAUGUAUUCUGCUGAACUAAUAAAAUUCAAUAAAACAAAAACAACAGUUCGGACUGAAAUUUUCUAAUAGUAACUUGAUUUUUUUAAUUAAAGUUGAAAUUUUAAAAUAAUAUUGCUUUUAAUAACUAAAUAAGAAAUGUAACUUUAAUAUAAAAAAACAAAAAUUAAAAUUAAAUGGAAUUCAUCAUUAACAUGUCCUUAAAAAAUCCCAACUACUCUAUUAAUGUAAUUUUAAAUUUUCUUUUAGUAAACCUCUGUGAUAAAAAUAUACUUAAAUUAAUUAAUUAUUUUGUUGAAACUUCAUUUGUUGUUAUAAUUGGAAAAUUUAUUUCUUCAAAAUAAUCAUAAUAUUUUUUUUAUUGUUCCGUCCAAAAAAACAAAGUUAUUUAAUACUGUUGUUAAAGAAUGAAAAAAAAAAUUAUAUUGCUCAUAUAUUAUAUUAAAAUUACCAUAAAAUAUAGUAAAUAAUAGAAAUAUAUAAAUGGGAAAUGAUGAAUAAAAUUUAAAGCUUUGUUACUCAUUAUACAACCACAUUUAAUAAUGCUUUUAUAAAAAAAUAUUAAAUGAAAUGACACUGUCAAAUAUAGGCUUCUUGUAUUUGAAUCUAGCCUAUAAUCUUUAAUUUUUUUAGUUCUUUAUUAAUAUAAAAUUAUUUAUUUAAAGGAAGAAGAUGAAAUGUUCUUUAAGAAGAUAACAGAUGAAAUGUUUUUCAAUGGUCAGAUACAAUAUUUUACCAAGAUUAAAAUUAAUCAUUUAAUUAACAUAUAUAAUAAAGAAUUAAACUACAUAUAAAUAAAAUGAAGUCAAAAAAAUGAAUUGAAUUGAAAAUUUCUUUCAUUUUAAUUUUUUGUCUCUAUACCAAUAUCUCUUGCUAUUGAAUCGUUUCAAAUAUUAAGAUAAGACAACACAUAAAAAAUGCUUUCAUAAAAAAAUUUUAAUUUAAAAAAAACAAUUAUGAUUGUAUUAAAAGAAAAACCAGAAUGAAAAUAGGAUAAAAAUAUAAGAAUGUUUUGAAAUUUCACACAUCAUAUUUAUAUAUUUUUUAAUAUCACAUACUUAUAAAACAACAAUUUACAUAAGCAAUUUUUACCUUUAUUACUCUCCUUUUAUUUAUUUUCCUAGCCAUUUUAUUUAUUUAGCAUCUUAUUUAGUUAUUUUAUCCUAAAACUACUAAUUAUUUCACUAUUUUUAAUUUUUAAUACAUAUUCAAUUCUUACAAUUUCGGAAUUUUUAAGUCCAAUACUUAAAACCUCAAAAAUUUAUUAAUAAUAUUUCAUCGUCUUAAAUGAUGCUUCCUAAAAUGCACAGUUUUUACAGGAAUGAAUGCAUACAUAACAAAAAGUUAAAACAAUUUUUGAGGUGAUUAUUACUUGACAUACAUAUAUUUUAAUUUGUAUUUAGAUAAAAAUAUUCAAUUGUUUAGAAUGAUAAAAAUUUAAUUUCAAUAAAUCUCCGUAUUUAAAUAAGCAUCUUUCAAACAAAAUUAAAUAAUUUAAUUAAAAGUUUUUAUUUUCGGAGAAAUUAUAAUUAAAAAAUGUCUCGAAAUUAUUAUAUUUUAAAAAUUAUGAACCAAAAUAUAACUAAUUUCCAUAAAUCUUUAU